ACGCGUUAGUGGGAGAUAAGUCUGGCUUGAACCUCUACCUGAGCGGCAGUGUCGCCUCCGCGGUCCAUUCGCCAGCAUCAUGCUGGAGUACGACGAGCUGUCCGAGCGCCUCGGUCUCGCCUCGGACUACACCGACUCCAACAACAACCCCAAACCCAACCGCGGCGACAAGUACUCUCUGCGGCCGCGAUCAGUGCGCCGCCGCGGCGACGACGUCCAGGUCUCCAAGUCGCUCAAGUCCAAACCCAAGCAGAAGCCGGCGCCGCUCAGCAAGUACCGCCGCAAGAACGCCAACGCCAGAGAGCGCAGUCGGAUGCGGGAGAUCAACCAGGCGUUCGAGGCCCUCCGACGGGCCGUCCCCCAGAUGGGCGUCACGCACCCCAGCAACGAGAAGCUGACGAAGAUCACCACGUUGCGGUUGGCGAUGAAGUACAUUUCCGCGUUGAGUGCAGUGCUAAGUAACGAGCCGGCCCAGGAUUUGCUCUCGGAUUGCAGUGAGCUGGACUGUUUCCUCCUGGAGUCGGACGGUGAAUCGUUGCCGUUGCAUAGUGAUCUGAGCGACCAUUCGCUCACUCCGGCGGACUUCUCCGUCGAGUUCCCGGAGGAUUCGCUCGCGCUUUCGCCGGAUUUAAGCGACCACUUGAGUCACUUCGAUCCGUUCCUCGCGGGGUUCAGCUAACCGAGCAUUCCGGAUUUUUUUGUAAAAAGCGUUGUUAAUUUAUUGUUAAAUGUGGUGGCAUUUCUUGUAAAGUUCCAAGUGCCUUACGAUGGACUGUAUAUAUUGAGUUAUUUUAUAUACUGAUAUAUACGACUGCAGUUGCAAUAUUGCAGCAUGACAUUUACUUAAAGCCAGUCAUGCUCAUAUUUAUUUAUAAGUAGAAGUCGCUUUUAUGUAAUAUAUCGAAAUCUUAGCAGAUAAAUAUAUUAUUUCUGCAUAA